GGCAGAACUAAGAGUGUGUACAUUUGUUGUGUGUGCAUUACUCUGAGUUCGCAUUUAUCCCACCGUAAGCCUUUGUUAAGCACUGAAAUGUGUGAAAACAUGAAUACUGGCCAAACAUCAACUCAUGUCCUGUGCUACCUGCUACCAACUGUAGCUGUGACACAGAAAAAACAAAAGCCCCUUGUGCGGUCUUCUCCCUUCAUAUCUUGCACUAGUGAGAAUAUGUAUUAUCUAUGUUCACAUUUAAAGUAAAGAAAAAGUGAAGCAUCCAAGCAGAAUGAUAUGUGCUGGAAGUGCCUCAGAAAACUCGCAGACAGCUCAAACCUGCACUUGCCACAUGUGUUCAAAACGUCUAGCAAACUGCAUUCCAAACACCACUGACAUUCACAAAAACAAAAAAAGGAGAGGGGAAUUCGGAGUUGCAAAGAGCGCGACUACCAAUGACUGACUGAUGACUGAGAACUCGCACCUAGAGAGAAAGGUUUCAUUGUUUAGCUCUUUCUCUAGUGAGGGAAGAAAAGGGAGUGGCUGAGAAACUAGUCAACUAGAGCGGUGAGAGACACAAGGCAAGGGAAAAGAUAAGGAAAAUCAUUCUGACAUCAGCACUGGAGACAGGUGCUUGGCGAAGCUGGACUUGGAUCUGAAGGAACAAAUAGAAGUACCGAUAGGAUUUUUGAGUUCACCUGCUGCUCUCAGAUCCCCUAAUAGUGGGAAUUAUGGCAAGCUACCUGUACUACCUGCUCCCAGCAGUAGGGGGCUACGCUCUUACUUCACUCUACUUUCUGAAGAACCCUCAUGUUCUGCACAAGAAGAAGCAGACAGCCUUCUACUGCACCCACAUCUCUCACAGGGGAGGCUGUGGUGAAAGGAUUGAGAACACUAUGGAGGCCUUUACACAUGCUGUUGAAGUGGGCACAGAGAUGCUGGAGUUAGACUGUCACGUAACUAAAGAUGGUCAUGUGGUUGUGUCACAUGAUGAGAACCUCCUGCGGCAGACUGGGCAUGAUGUCAACAUUUCCUCCUUAAACCUGGAGGAGUUGCCACCUUAUAAUGAGACACUUGAGGUGACCUUUAAGACAGGCCACUUCAGCACUGGGUCAGAUAGAAACUUUGCGUUAUUAGAGGAUGUCUUCUGCAAAUUUCCACAAAUAGCUGUAAACAUUGAAGUGAAAGAGAAUAACAGUAUGCUGAUUGAGAAGAUUUCUGAUCUUGUGAAGAAAUACAACAGAGAGGCCAUCUCAGUUUGGGCUUCUGUUGACUCCACCAUCAUGAAAAAUUGUCGCAAAACAAACUCAUCCAUGCCCUACAUGUUCACUGUAAAGCGGGGUUUAACGUUGCUUCUGCUCUACUACACUGGUCUUCUGCCGUUUGUUCCCCUCGGAGAGAGUUUCCUGCAGUUAUACUUGCCACAAAUCAUGAACAGGGAAUACACACCUGAAAUGUGGAUAAUGAGAAGCAGACUGGUCGUCUUUUUAUUUGAAAGACUAACAAUGAGAAAAGGGAUGUUCAAGCACCUCAGAGACAGAGGAAUUCAGAUUCAUAUCUUUGUGUGUAAUAAGGAGGAGGAUAUUAAGACCGCAUUUGCUGCAGGAGCAACAGGAGUCAUGUCUGAUUUUCCCACCCUGUUAUCAAACUAUAUUAGAAGGCACAAACAAGAGACGUGAUCAAACACACAAUGUACCACACCCUUGUCCAGUCAAACACACACACACUGUACAAAUGCUGUUUGGCUUUAAACAUACAGCCAAGUUUUAUAUCAAUGCCAUUAUUACUAGCACUGGUAUAGUGUUUGCAUGAAACUUGGUUUAUGGCAUUCUUCAUGGGACAUUUCGUGAGUAUGAACACACUUAAGAAUAAAUAGAACUCAUAUAUUCUACAAGUGUUCU